UCAGUCAAACAAUCAACUGUCAAGUCACUUUGACAUUCGUGAAUCGACAAGAAUUGUCCGGCUAAGUUUGAUAUUAUUCUGUAAUAUUUUAUUUUUACAAAACGAUACUAAUUUCAUAAGUUAUUAUUUAAUAACUUAAUCAUGGCUCGUCGUUAUGAUACACGUACAACAAUAUUUUCGCCGGAAGGUCGGCUUUAUCAAGUUGAAUAUGCAAUGGAAGCUAUAAGCCAUGCAGGUACAUCCCUGGGCAUUCUGGCUACUGACGGUAUAUUAUUAGCAGCGGAACGUAGAAAUACUAAUAAGCUCUUGGAUGAAGUUUUCUUUUCGGAGAAGAUUUACAAGUUGAAUGAUGAUAUGGUGUGCUCUGUCGCUGGAAUAACGUCAGACGCUAAUGUUCUUACAAACGAGCUCAGAUUGAUCGCACAAAGGUACUUGCUACAGUAUGGAGAAUCAAUUCCUUGUGAACAACUGGUAUCCUGGCUUUGUGAUGUCAAGCAGGCCUACACACAAUAUGGAGGAAAACGUCCAUUUGGUGUCUCAAUUCUCUACAUGGGAUGGGACAAACACUAUGGCUACCAACUCUACCAGUCCGAUCCUAGUGGAAACUAUGGUGGCUGGAAAGCCACCUGUAUUGGAAACAAUAGUGCAGCAGCUGUAUCAAGUCUGAAACAAGAGUAUAAAGAGAAUGAGACAACAUUAGCUGAAGCACAAGCCUUGGCUAUCAAAGUACUGAGCAAAACCCUUGACAUGACUAAACUAACUCCUGAGAAAGUGGAAAUGGCAACAUUGACUCGAAAAGAUAACAAGACUAUAAUACGAGUACUCACUAGUACUGAAGUGGAAAAACUAAUUGCGGACUUUGAAAAGAGUGAGGCUGCAGCAGAAGCCGCUAAGAAGCAACCACCCAAAUCCUAAUUUUUGUAUAUUUUUAUUUGUAAUAAGUAUUCUUUUUUGUCACAGUAAAACAUUUUAAAAUAAA